CACAGCUGCAGCUGGGUGGGAGGCAAGCAAUAUCAGUAACAAUGGGGAAGAUUGUUUUCUUCGAGGAUAAGAACUUCCAAGGCCGAAGCUAUGAGUGCAGCGCUGACUGCGCUGACCUGCGUGCUUUCUUCUGCCGCUGCAACUCCAUUAAGGUGGAAAGUGGCUGCUGGGUGCUAUAUGAGCGUCCCAAUUUCACUGGCUACCAGUACAUCCUGAGCCCCGGGGACUACCCUGAUCACCAAAAGUGGAAUGGAUUCAAUGAUAGCAUCAAGUCAUGUCGCUCUAUCAAAAAUGUAUACGGAAAGUCCUGGAAGAUCAGAUUCUACGACAAGCAGGAUUUCGGAGGACAAGCGGCAGAGUGUUUUGAGGAUUGCCCAUCGGUUUACAACGCCCUCAAGUUCCAUGAGUUCCACUCCUGUGUGGUGAUGGAUGGUGCAUGGGUCCUCUACGAGCAGCCCAACUACCAAGGACACCAGUACUUCCUGGAACGUGGCGAGUACCCCAACUAUACAGACUGGGGCGCCACCUCCCCUGCUGUGGGGUCUUUCCGCAUGAUCAAAGAGCUCUAGAACAGCAGCCAUGCAGCGUUGUGCAUUCUCUAAAAGAGUCAUUUAAUGCUAAGGCCACCAAAGUUCUUGAAUCUAAAGAAAAUCUAUCUUCAGAACUCUGUUGAAAUUAUUUCAAAAAGUUCAGAGCUACAGGGUCCUAAUU